AUGGCUCUGAGCACACCCAAGAAGUCGAUUUCUGCCCCAAUGCCGCUCCUCGCACGACAGGAGAGCAGUCCUGAGCUUGGCAGUCCAUCCAAGGUCACCCAGUACAACAAGCAGACUGGUCGUCCUGUUCGACGAAGUGCAGGAAAGAUGAAGCCUGUUGCCGGUUAUGUCGACUCCAGCAUUCUCGAAGAAGAAGACUUCAUCCCAUGCACCUCAGGCGAUGAUAGUGAAGAAGAAGACGACGAGACAUCUGCUACGCCUCGCGGCCGUGCAGAUAAGACUAAGCGCAAGCGCAAGCGCAGUCCUUCACCCCCCUCACCACGUCUGGACCCCAUCAUAUACAGCCAGCAGUUGGAUGAAUUGACAGAUGAUGAGACAGGUGGAGCAUUCCAUCGCCGUAUCCCGAAGAAGCCACCGCUGACUCUACGAUUCAACGUACCUCUGGGUUAUCAUGGCCCACUGCUCAUCAAGUUGGACCCUGCUAUGUUAAGGCUGGACGACGAGACUGCCUCGAAAAAGAUGCACCAGUCAAAGAAGUGUCGAGCAGAUGCACCGGUAGCGCACGCAAAACUAUCAGAACGUCCCAAAGGAUUCACAGACCUGCCACCAGAACUGCGAAACAAAGUCUAUCGAUACGCCUUCGUGCGCGACAAGAGCUUUCAGAUACCAGCUUGCAAGCCCUGGGGAAGCGCAAACCUCUGCCAAUCAGCUCAGUUCUUGGGUACGUGCAAGCUGGUGCACAAUGAAGGCUGCUCGGUUCUCUACGGCGAAAACACGUUUGCAUUCGAGCGACACGAAAGUACUCGCGGUACUUUCUAUGAGCACGAGCCCAGAGAGAUUGGAUACCAAGACGCCCUCCAGUUCUUCAAGAUGAUCGGUCCUGAGAACCUUCAAUAUCUGCGAGACCUCAAGAUCGCCUUCAACGAUGCUCGACCCUCAGAUACCCCACGCGCACACUCCAACGAAGAUCGACGCUAUAUGACAGACGACGUCUUGAUCAAUUGUCUGCGUAUAUUGCGACAUGCCAAAUUGCGUAAGCUGUCACUCGCCUUCAUGGGCCGCCGUCAUCUCCAUAGGUCUGAUGUCAAAUUUCUGGGCUACCUCGAACAGAUCAAGACGGACGAGCUAGAAAAGUGGUCCCAGCCAAGAGGCUACCACCCUGAGCAGAAGAUUCGUCACACCGUCUGGUUCGAACUCACCGAGCAAAUGAUCCGUAAAAAUAAACUGUACGAUACAGAGUGA